CGUCCUGGUCAUCCGCAAGCAUCAUGUCGGCUCACCUCGCUACUCUUCAACCUAGCGAGCCUUUCGAAAUCAACGGCCUCUCAGUACCCGCCGUCUACAGCCAAGUCGCCCAUCUCUAUCCAGAACGCCUCUUUGCCCGCAUCCUCUUCGACGAUGGUUGUUCAGUUCCGUCAUUGCAAGAUGUUACCUGGAAGACGCUUUUAGAUGACGUUUCUCGUCUCGUCUCGGUGCUGCGAGGCCGUAUGCCAGACAGCCGAAGCGGAGUAGCGGAGACUGACUGUGCCGCUCGAACCGUGGGAGUAUUGGCAACAAGCAGCUACCCUUACUACGUCCUUCUCGUUUCACUUUGGUUCUUAGAAUGCGAGCCCAUUCUGAUUUCGACACGCAACAGCCCUGCUGCGAUCGCCCACCUUCUGAGCGAGGCUCACGCUGUUGCUCUUAUCUGCGACUCCAGUCAAAUUUCUUCCGCACACGGGGCAUGCGGUCUUUCAGAAUCCCAGGUCUCAAUUUUCAGUCUUGAAGAGCUUAUCACUCUCGCCGAUGGCGACGAGUACGUGGGAGUAGCAAGGCCACCGCCACCAGAGUUGAGUCCUGAUCGAGUGCUACAUUACAUGCACACAAGCGGAUCUUCCGGCCACCCAAAGCUUGUUUCUAGACGGCACAAAGAUUUUGUUAGUGGCGUUUCCAACCGAUCCGCCCAAGCAUUCGCGGGAUCGCCUGCAUAUGCACCUCUACCUCUCUUCCAUGGAAUGGGACUCUACGCAUCGACACGCUGGCCUCUCGGCUCCGGCGUCGCAUUUACCUUCCUUACAGGUGUCCCUCAGUCAUAUACCGCAUCCACAUCCGUCUCGCGUCUUCUCUCGCUACACACUCCUCCACCGCCUCCGAGUCCUCAGGCUCUCUUGCGUCACCUGUCUGUCCUACCCCGGGCACUCGUCUUCAUCGCACCGGUUCUUAUCGAAGGGCUGGCCCAUCUUCCAAGUAAUGAGCUGGCACCAUUGCAAAAUGUCCAGCGUGUGUUCGUCGGUGGUGCUCCUAUGAAUGACGCAAAGGCUCGGCAGCUCAUCGGGAAAGGCGUGCCCGUUGUCUCUGCAUAUGGAUCGAGCGAAACGAGUCUCAUCAGUACCCUCGAUCCACGUCCGACAGACUCGGCCGAUGAAGCCGAUGAAUGGGCGUAUAUCCGCUUCCGGGACGACAGGUUCGGAAUUCAUCUCCCGCCUAUGGAUGCCGAGGGUCGCGUGCGCGAGCUGGUAGUUUCCCCUACGGAGUACAACUCCCCGGUAGUGAUCAAUCACGAUGAUCCGGUCGGAUUUGCGACGCGGGAUCUUUGGGUUGCACAUCCACACAAGCAAGGUCUCUGGCUUCAUAUUGGGCGUAAGGACGACGUCACCGUCCUCAGCACCGGAGAGAAAACGGAUAACAAACAAAUUGAGAAGCUCCUCUUAGCUGACCCAAACAUCGCCCGCGUUCUCGUCUUUGGCGUCUCUCGCCCUUUCAAUGGUGUUCUUCUCGAGCCUUCUCCCUCUGCGCCUUCUUCGGGACCCGACUUCCUUGCACGCAUUGCGCCAACUCUGAGGACCCUAAACUCGACCGUACCUACACACUCUCGGAUAUUGGAUGGUAUGGCACUCGUCACGAGUCCCGACCGGCCGUUCGCCCUAUCUGACAAGGGAAGUAUCAAGGUCAAGGAGACGCUUGGCCAGUAUGAGGAAGAUAUAAAGGGCGCAUACGAAGCUAUCCUCCACGGAGGGCUCAAACGCGCGGACUGGAGAAAUGUUGAACUGAAGACCGAAGAAGACGUACUCUCGCUUGUCAGGCGCAUAGUGCGUGACAUCGUAAGGGUUGAGUAUGAAGACGAAGAUGACUUCUUCUUGCGCGGCAUGGACUCGCUGCACGCCGUUCAGCUGCGCGCCGCGCUCUUACAGACUGGGCGAUUCCUGCCACAGCAGACACUACCAAAUGUUGUGUACGCCUACCCUAGUAAAGCUCGCCUCUCUCGCUUCCUGUCGUCGCAGCUCUUUGAGUCUACAUCAGUCUCUAACUCGGACCGGCAGGCCGGUGGGCGGAAUAGAGAGCAAGACAUUGAAGCCCUCGUCGUUCGUUUUACUGACGGCCUGGACAAGCUUAGCCGCAAUCAUACCAGUAUUACAAGCGACGAAGCAUGUGACGAUGGCAAAGCGAUCGUGCUAAGUGGCGCUACUGGAAGCCUCGGUGCUCAUUCGUUAUACGACCUCUUAGGGAGAAAGGACGUUAGGAGGGUGUGGUGUUUACAUAGAGCCAAGGAUGGAACCGACCCGUAUGAUCAGCAAUGCCAAGCCUUCGAUGAGCGUGGGCUUCCUCUCAGGGUCUUAGAGGAGCAACGGGGGAAGCUUCGUUUCGUACGCAUCGACGUCGGGACACCACGGCUGGCGAUUGAUGGCGAGAUUAUUGGGGAGAUUUGCAGAGAAGCGACACACAUCAUCCAUGUCGCUUGGCACCUCAACUUCAAUUUACCCUUGUCCCACUUCAUACCACACGUUUCAGGCACACGUGCUCUGGUGGACCUCGCUCUUUCGUCUCGUCGGCCUAAUCCUCCUAAAUUCGUCUUUAUUUCCUCUAUCGGGGCGGUUGCGCAUUAUGUUGCUUCCCAUUCUAACUCGAUCCCCACCCACGAGCAAGUGCCCGAGCGCCCUUUUCAAGAUCCAAGUCUACCGGCACACAGCGGCUACGCGGAGUCUAAGUAUGUGGCGGAACGCAUUUUGGACGCUGUAUGCAAAUGUGCGGGUCUGAGGUGCGCGAUCUUGCGUGCUGGACAGCUCGCUGGCAGCAGUGGAAGCGGAUAUUGGAACCCGAGAGAGUACGUGCCCAUCCUGUUUGCGAGCGCCAGGAUGAUGGGUUGUGUGCCUGGGGAUUUACCGGACGCAUACUGGCUACCUGUCGAUGUCGCAGCUAAAGCAACAGUUGAUAUGUCUCUAUCGAUCACCGGCAUUAACAGGGACAGCUCACGAUCCCAUGCUGAGUACUACCACCUUAGCAAUCCCACGUUGACACCAUGGCCCGUCAUUGUCGAUCGCUUCCUCCACGCUAUGAUGUCCUCUUCACAGACGACCGGUGACCGUGUACAUUCCAUACGUAUCGUUCCGUCAACAGAAUGGCUCGCUGAACUAGAAAAUCUCGCCCACAAUUACGACUCAGAAACACAUAACAGCGUGACUACGAAGGUUCCAGCGCUCCAAUUGCUUCAGUUCUUCAACGACUUCGCGAAACGUGGGCCAGGCGCAGGAGGAGAUAUGUGGGUGAAACUGGAGACUACGCGUGCAUUGGCAAUGGCCCAUGAGAUUGACUAUGGACAGAUCUCACAGGAGUUAGUAAAGCGGUAUGUGCGUUGGAUGGAGCGGCCUAAGACUGUGAAGCUGGAGUAAUAAUCAGGUCGACUCAGUGUUAGCGUUCUUGGUAUAUUUCCACUAGCGUUCGACAAUUGCAGACUUUACCCUCGCAUUAUACCGGUUUAAAGAAUGAUACAUGGUCAUCAUGUACAACAAAUCAAU